GAAAGGAAGGGUAACACGUUGAUGCCAGAUUUGCAUUGAAACUAGGCACCACUUUUGCCAUAGUAACCUGCAUCUUGCCUUUUCGAUUCUUCAUCCCUUUACUACCUUGCACGCUGCGUUACUACACACAUCCACAACCCUCAAAAUGCCGACAAUGUGGCUUUCAGAUACCCAGAAGAUUGGGGUCGCCUUCUGCUCAGGGGGCGGACUCUUUCUCAUGGGCGGUGUCAUGAUGUUUUUUGAUCGUGCAAUGCUCGCAAUGGGAAAUAUACUCUUCCUAAUCGGCCUCACGCUCAUCAUCGGCACCACAAAGACUGUCGCCUUCUUCGCCCGCAAACAGAAAUGGAAGGGCACGCUUGCCUUUGUCGCGGGUAUAUCGCUUAUCCUCAUGCGCUGGGCUUUCAUCGGCUUCGUAAUCGAGCUGUACGGUAUACUGGUGCUGUUUGGAGACUUUUUGGCGACGAUUGCGGGCUUCGUUAGUAAUGUGCCCGUGGUUGGGCCGUAUAUUGCAAAGGCGUUGGAGACGAUAAGUGGGGCGAGGCGGAAUGCGGAUAUGCCUGUAUAGAGAAAGGGCAGAAGCGUGAGGGCUCUGCAGUUGAGGACGUAAGGGUAUGUGGAAUGAUGCGAUGAUGUAUUAUAUGUAGGCGUUGUUGGACGGCACUGGCCUGCAAUGAGAGGAUGAUGCG